UUGUCAGAAGCGCCGUGUCACUUCUCCACGGUGAGUCGGCCCGUCGUGAUCUGUUCUCAUGGACCUUGUCUCCCCCUCCCCUCGCGUGCUGAUUAUCUUUCUCUUUCUCUCUCAGCCUAUCGGUGUGUGAGUGAUACCGUGAUCUCGGUAGCCCGUUCUCGAAUCGAGUCCUUUACUCGUCCGUCGUCCUUCGUCGCGUAACGUCGUGACGCGCGUGUCGCUCGAGCUCGCGUUACACGACGAACCCAGAGAAGAAAAAGUGGUGCGCGCCCCGGAUGGAGAACCAGAGUAUCGAGAUAUCGAGACACCGCCACGGAGGCUGAUACGCAGACACGUUCCAGCGCUCUCCUCCCCCCCCAGCGAGCAGGGGCUGCGAGGAAUCGACACGAAUCGUUCGAUUACUCGAGAGCACGCCACGGAGAACUCAUCGGUUUCCGGGAACACCUCUCGGUUGAUUCUGUGGACUGAAGUACAGUGAUUGUGCGCGAGAUACAUUGACAGAUAGUGGCCAUCUUCGAUGGCGAAGACGUGCAAAACUUUCGACAGGAUUGAUUAUUCAUGACUGGGAGAACAUUCUCGCGAAGUAUUCUCCGUUUCAAGUAUUCCCGUGGACAGUUACGCGGUGGUUGAGAUACGAAGUAGUCGUCAUCCAUGGCGGAAACGCGUAACGAGGGUUGAGGACGGUCGCCUGCUUCGAUUAUCUAGAGAUUCGGGUUACGGUUAGCGUAAUUCGGUUUUUCUUGGAAUCGCACCCGAAAAAGUUUUAGCGCGAACUGAACCACAGUGACGGUAUCGACGUAUCAAUUCGCUGGUGGCCAUCCCCGAUGGCGGAGGCUCGUGAUAAGUGCAACGUACGCCGUUUGUUUGGAUGUUAAGUGCCGGGACCGACCUUGGACCUCCAUGAGUCGACCACGACGCUGACGAAAGGAAGCAUGGAUUACUCGACGAAAGUUACUGUCAAGAGUGGCCCCGAUCAGGGACACGACAACGAAGUGCAAGCGGAUGCUGCAUCGCCACCAUCCAGUGUGGACCUACCAGAGAGCGCCCAUCCCUGCCCCGCCUGUCCAACAGUGCUGCCCAGCUCCCGCGAGCUGACGAAUCACCUUCGCGGGCACAACUCGCCGCGCAGCACCGACUGCAGCGGCGAGGACGAUUACUGUUGCGGGGUAUGCAACAAGGUGCUGAGCUCCGCCAGCUCGCUGGACAGGCACGUAUUGGUUCACUCCGGCGAACGUCCGUUCAAGUGCAAGUAUUGCGAGAUGGCUUUCACGACGAACGGGAACAUGAACAGGCACCUGAGGACCGCGCAUCGCGCCACCUCGCCUCACAGUUGCACCGACUCUGAGGGCAGCAGCGACUCCGAGAAGCCCAUCAAGGCUGGACACAUCGAGGAGUAUAAUAACAACGAGAUAGCAAAGAGGAACUCGCCCGAUUUCAUCGACAGACAGGAGAAAUCGACGAGUCUGACGGGGAAACGGAAGUGCACCGACUACCUGAGCGACAACGAAGGCCAGAAGAGGCACAAGAUCCUCCUGAAUAACACCAACAGGACUGAAAUGAAGACGCGGCCAGACGAUAGUCAGAACAUUUACAAUUGCCCCGUAUGCGGCAGACAAGAUUUCGCUACUAGCGCUCUGUUGGAGGCUCACUUGGAACGCAGUCAUCCAGAGUUCCCUGCCAAGUGCGACGCGUGCAAUCUCUCCUUCAAGAACCACCGAGUCCUGAACCUGCACCGAUUCAUGAUCCACUUCGCGGAGCACUCGAUAGGGAACACCGCGAGGAACCUCAGGAACUCCGUCGUAGGGUUCAACGACCUCACCUUCGUCGACUUUUCGUCCGACAAGUUCCCAGCGAUCGCCAGGGCGGUUUGCGAGCAGUCCCUUCACCGACCAGCCUCAGGCGAAGUAGCCAGGUUCCAGUGUUCCAAGUGCCUGCGCGCGUUUCCAUGUAGAUCGGCUCUGGACGCCCAUGAGACGGACUGCGGGACCUCCAGCCCUCAAUCCAGAGCCAUCGACGACAGCCAAUCAAGGAGGGACGAUUUCUUCGCCGGCUUAGACCUGCAGAACAAAGCUGCUCUCACGGAAGCCAAAGAAGGCAAAGACCUAGCCGACAUUCAGAGUAUUAUAUCCGUCACGUCGGGGCCUAUACUUCAGAACUUUCCUCGAUCGGACGCCAGCACACCCGAGAGCAACAUCAAAUUCAAUCCCAACGUCAGCUCCUCGGGGUCCUCUGGCACGUUCUCCACGGAGUUCCACGAAGAAGAAGCUCAGGACGCGUUCGCUGCCGAGUUCCGAAAGAUGAAACUGAAAGGGGAGUUCCCUUGCAGACUCUGCACGGCGAUAUUCCCGAAUCUGAGAGCCUUGAAGGGCCACAACCGAGCCCACAUGGGCGUAGGUCCUGGCAUGCCCUAUCCCUGCAACAUGUGCCCCUAUACCAGCACCGACAAAGCCACCCUGGUGAGGCAUCUGAGGUCUCACAACGGCGAUAGACCGUACGAGUGCUCCUUGUGCAACUACGCCUUCACCACCAAGGCGAACUGCGAGCGCCACGUGCGCAAUCGUCACGGCAAGCUCACCAGGGAGGACAUCAAGAGCGUGCUGAUAUAUCAUCCAAACGAAGACUCGACGAACGAGACGGUGGAAAGGAGUUCGCCAAGGGUGAUGAAAGACGACGUGAGGAAGAGCUUGGUGUACCCCAGCGAACGGGACGAGCUCCAUCUUCAGACUCAGAUGCAUUAUCCAUCCGUGCCUAUAGAAGGUCGCGGCGAGAUCAGGAUCAUCGAAGAGGCCAAGCUGCACAACAACGCGCUAUCGAUGCACAACUCGAACCACUACGAUAAAACGGAGGCGUUCUCGAGGCCUACGCAACCGAUCGAGCUGACGCAACGAAACGACGAUAGAAAAUCGGCGCUGGACGGCAAGCCGGACUACGCAAAGCUCGACGAGGAUCUCGAGUCAAGGUCAUCGGAAGGCAGCGCGUCUCUAGUCAGUGAUACCAAAUCAGAUUCGCACCAAAGAAUACAAGCUAGUCCGAUGAACUUGAAGAAGGGUCUGAACGUGUCCGAGAGCGUCGGCGAGGACGGCCCUCUGGAUUUGUCGAUGGACGUCCUGGAUCUCAGCAAGAAGUCGAAGGACAAGGAGGACGGUGAUUUCGCAGGGUCGCAGGAGCAUUACGGAAAGAAUCAAAAGGAACUGUACAACGCUACCAGCCAGCUGUUGCUCACGGAGGCUUUGUUGAAGGCUGGACAGGGUAGCUCUCAGCCUACCUCUUUGGAGGCUCUCUACGCGAACGCUCACCUGAUUUACAGGAACUUUGGGACCUUUCCUCCAGGCGUGGGGGCGGGAAUUCUACCACCGUAUCUGUUCAACCCGCACGUCUUCGGUCAGGACUUUACGAUGAAGGACAGAUUGCAGAAAGAGCUGGUGAGGGGCCUCCAGUUGACCAGCGGUGGGACUCUAGUCGAGCCCUCCAUCGGAGGCGCCGGAUUCACGGCUUUCCCACCGGGUAGAGAUAUUAACGCUCAAGCAGCUAACGAGCAGAGCGACUACGCCAAGCUGAUCUCGUCCAAGAUCGCCAACAAGGCUCUGUCCGGCCGCGAGAAGCCAGAGAAUCACAUACCAUCCGCGAAUUCCGUGAAGAUGGUGAUCAAGAACGGAGUUCUGAUGCCUAAACAAAAGCAACGUCGGUACAGGACGGAGAGGCCGUUCACCUGCGAGCAUUGCUCGGCUAGAUUCACCCUGAGGAGCAACAUGGAGCGACACAUCAAGCAGCAGCAUCCGCAGCACUGGAGCCAGAGACCCAGAGGAGGACACUCGACCAGAGGAAGACCACCGUCGAGUCAUCCGGCGUUAUUGCAGAAUCUCGGACAGCCUCCCUCUCAGGUGGCCCAAUCGUACCCAAGCAUUCUACCAAAAGUGGAGCAACCAGCUAACUCCGAGUACACCAAGCACCCAAUCUCGGACCAGGUGAAGUACGCGAUCCUGGCGCAGCAGUUAAAGACUAACAAGAUCGAAGACAACGACUCGGAGGAGGAGCUCGUGAUCGACGAGGAUCCGCAAGAGAAGGACGCUCAGGAAUCUCAGGAGCAGAAGGAGAAGUGCACCAGUCUGCUGAGGGGACAGUUGGAAGCAGAGACGGUCAAGGAGGCAGUAAUCAAAGAGGAGGUUGAGGAGCCCGUGAAGGCCGAUUGCGAGUCCUCCAACACAGAGUCCGCGCACAGCGACAAUGUUAACGAGGAAGCGAAGACGUUAGGCGCGAAGAAACCCGCCGAACCUGAGGACGUGAUGAGCGAUAACGCAGGCGACGGAGUGUUCAAAACGGAGCAGAACGAAGAGAAGCCUGAGAAGAUAGAAGAAGGAGCCGCAGAUUUGGCGAGUGUCUCUGAACUCUUAGACAACGCCUCCCAGCAGUACCAACAGUUCCAGCCGCAAUAUCUCAGCGACGAAGAGGGCCUGGUGGCGUCCAAUAGCGACUGCAACAACUCUGGUAGCGACGAGAAGUCCGACUCGGUGAACUCACUGAAUUCCGUCAGCACCGCCUCGCCCAAGAAGAAAAAGAAAAAGAAGAAGAAGAAGAAGAAGUCCGCGUACUCCAUGGCGCCCAAUCGCGUCAUCUGUCCGUACUGCGAGCGACCUUUCCCAUGGACGUCGUCCCUGAGGAGGCACAUUCUGACCCACACUGGACAGAAGCCUUACCAGUGCGUCCACUGUUCCCUCCUCUUCACCACAAAAUCCAACUGUGAUCGUCACCUGCUGAGGAAGCACAAAGCGAACCCGAACAAGAUACGCAGGGUCAGGAACUCUUCGUCGCCCGACAGCCAAGCGGUGAUCAACAACAACAGUUCCUUCUCCAUGAGAAACGUCCCAGAGAGACCGUACAAAUGCAACCAGUGCCCCAGCUCCACGUUCUCCACCCUGGGCAACCUGAAGAAGCAUCGUUCGACCAAGCACGCGCGCAAGAUGAAGUGCAGGUCCGAUACCCCGUCCAGCGAGCCUCAGAACAGUCCUCAGGAGUGCUCGAAGCAGAACGAGCAGACAGAUUACGACAGCCAGUCGUCGAGCGUUUCUGAGAGCAUGGAGACGUCCUCCGUGACGGAGCUGCCUAAGGCGACCGCGAACACCUUGCCAUCCGCCAUCGACACGCCUAGGUCCAGGAGACCCUCGCCAAGAUCCUCUCCUGGACCCAGCGACGUGCCGUUCAAGUGUCACCUGUGCGACUGCGGUUUCGCCGAGAGACAGGACUGCUUGGAGCACAUAAAGAUGAAUCACAAAAGGUCGUACGAGAUGCUCGUGGCCAAGGGUGCACUAGACAUGGACAUCGACACGGCGGAGGACCAGCAGCAGCAUCCGCCGCCCCAGCACCCCAGCGACGGCGAAGAGAAGAGAGGACGCUUCCCUGACUACAGUAACAGAAAGGUGGUCUGCGCUUUCUGCAUGAGGCGGUUCUGGUCCGCGGAGGAUCUGCGCCGCCACAUGAGGACCCACACGGGGGAACGACCGUUCUCCUGCGACAUUUGCUGCAGAAGGUUCACGCUGAAGCACAGCAUGCUGCGACACAGGAAGAAACACGAGUCCAUCGACUCGACGAUGUACGUGGGGACCAGCGGCGACGAGGAGAACUCGCCGGUACAACCUUCGCCCAUCACGCCUCGAAGCCAGCAACAGCCACCCGUCCUGGUGGCUGCCAACUCUGGGAAUCCGAGGAUCCAGGACCGAAUCUCGUUGCCCACGGUCGCGCCAGUGGCCACAGCGGACGCGGCGCCCAGCGGCCUGAUGAGAUUCAAUCCCUACGAGAAGCUGACCACCCUCACGGGGAAACUGGCCGGUAUGCCGCAAAACGCGAAUCCCGACGCGACCGAGAGCGCCGACAACGACUUGAUCUCCAAUUUGUUAGGGAUAAGAGACAAGAGCUUCAUCGAUCGGGUGCUGCAAGCGUCAGCUGACGAUGCUGCCAAGUUGUUGGGGGUGAAACGCAGCCAGGAGUGAAGCUGCUUUCGCCUGCUGUCCCUCGGACAUUUUCACGACCGUGCCUUAGGUUCCUCCUCUCCUCGCGCUGAGAAAUGAAGUCGACUGGAGCUAUCUUUGAUACAUCUUUGUCUUCUGGAUCCUUUCGCUACUGCAACAGCCACCGUAAUGGUUCGUUGCUGAAGGUCCGCGAAAGCAGUUACUAUGCUGACUGUUCACAGAGCUCAAGUAAGUUCGUAGUGUACGAGAAUGUAUUUUACGAAUUGACUCUAUUGUAGCGGAAGUGUGGUCUCUGACUACAUAGAUUGUCUCGGAUGUUUUUACGGGAAAGAUUCGCUGCUGGAUCUGUUGGGACUAAACAAAAGGCACGAUGCUCUUAUGUAGACGUAACAGUAUCUUAUGACUUUGUUUCAAUCUCUAUUUAUUUCGUAAAUAUUAUUCUUCGAUAUACACUGCCCAUCCCACGAUAAAAAUACCAUCUCGUCGAGUAACGCUUCAGUUCUGAGAGAAAAGAAUUAUCGCUCGCUUGUACUAUAGAUCGAAGUUAUCAUAGUAUUAAUGGUGGUUUCUUGUCUCUCAGGAAUGAACACCCUGUGAUGGUAUUUUUAUACAAAAAUCGGAUCAGUAGUGGCCACUCCAGUUCAAGCUAAGGAGAGCCAACGAUUCCAGCAACGAACGCGUCGAUUUCAAAGAUCAGCGACUGCCAACAGGUCGGGAGGAACGCGUAUCGAUUUCGAAGGUGCAGCACGACUUUACCUUUUACAGCUUACAGUUAGCUACACGACCGGUGACGUUCAAGUCAUUGUCGGUUCUCGCUGCGUCGGUAACGUGCCUAUAAUCUCUAGUUUCUUUCGUACUGCGCGCGCGUUUCGAAACGCCUAGAGUGUGUACCAGCGUGUAUCUGUAAUCUUUCUCCCUCUCUCUGCAUUGUGUACAUAUAUUAUACCCACGCACGUGUGAACCACACGUUUCUAGAAAGUGUUAAGGACCUCGUGCGCCAAAAGGACGCGGACAGCCUUGCCAAUACGAGGACGAACGCAAGCAAACGAGUAGAAUACGAGUAUGCCCGCGCCUCGAGGUACCGCGGAUAAGCUCUAUUGUCUGUCAGAGUUUUUUCCCAUUAAUCGAACCAGUUCCACCUUGACGGAUCGGGCCGUACUCAAACCCAAAGAUACGUUUUACACAACGAAUUAAGUUAGCCAUAUACGUACUUCUAUUUAUUGUUUCGUCACGUACUUAGAGCCGGGAAUUCGCAGCGCGCAACGAGGGAAAGUUCUCUUAUUUUUGUUCUCCCCUCCCUAUCGAUUACUCGAGUUUUGGGAGCAAAGUCUCGAAUCGAGACUCUCGAUAGACGGAAACGAGACUACCGAAAGAAGGAUCGAUUCGACCUUUCGAUUGGUAACGUAAGGUUCGUUCUCUUUGUCGUUAUCGUGCAAGUCGAAGACGCAUGGUCGACGAUAAUAUGCAAAAUAGAACAAUAUAGAAAAAGUUUAUCUUGAUAUAUAUAUACAUAUGUAAUAAUCGAUUUCUAUUCCGUCGCGUAAAGAUUACUUGUAUAUAGAUAGCCUAAUUAAAACACUCUUGGUAGGUCUAUGUUUCGCGUCGUGCAUAGUCCACGUUAAAUGAGUUCUCUGAGAAGGAAACGAUAUUUAAAUGCAAUUAUACCAAAUAAUCGGAUUCGGUUCGAUCGGACGGGACGCCUGUGAAGCUAAUCGAACCGACCGAUCAAGAUUUGUACCUCCUAAUCGUCAUACUUUUUUUCCCCUUUCCUUGUCCCUGUCUCUCACUUUCUCUUUCUUUCUUGCUCUUCACCAUUUCACUCUACGAUCCCUGUUUGUGCAUCGCAUACACACACACACACACACAAACGCAUACACGUGUUACUUCCUUCCGUCUUCAUCCGUUUCCCUCCCUUUUGUCUCUCUUUUUAAGCUCACUGUAUUUAUUCUUUCGUAGCGAGAGCGGCUGCGUAGGGAUUAGGGAUGUUCGAUCCCUGUAAGAAAAAUCGAUUCUGGGGGAUCGAUUUUCGUACUUGAAAUUGAAUCACUCGAAUCGAUUCUCCGAAUAAUCGUUUUCCUAACUAUUUACUGUAUAUGACGUAUAUGUUUGUAUAUUUGGAAAUUUUUUUCUUUUUUUUUUUUGUAAGAUAGAUUUACGUAUUUAUAUUAACGGCAUUGUAAGGACGAAAUUUAUUAGAAAUUUAGUAGUAAUUUAGUUAUCGUUGAUUAAUCAUUUAUUCUGGCGUUGAUGGUGGUAAAUUUAAUAGUAGUAACCGUUAAGACUGCUAGAACGUUCAUGAUCUACGAUUAAAGGGUACCGUCUGAUAAACAGUUUUCGAUACGUAUUUGUUGUUAGAGAAAUCUGUUUGGUUAUAUCGCGAAAAGGAGAACAGACAUCCAUGUGCAAUUCGAAUUGAACGAAAGGAAUACGAUAUUCUCAGUUUAGAGGAAGUUGGACGAGUCGAGGAUCGAUUCUUGACCGAAAGCAUUAGAUUCUCGACGAAAUGAUCGAUUUGUAUCGGAGCUCGCCGCAUUGGUAUCGUUUUGUAAUGUCGACAAUCGCCUCGCGAAGAUCGAUUUUCUAGAAAAUCGAUACAGAAUCGAACAUCCCUAACGUGAAUCGACGUGCGCUCGUCGAUAGGUCGAGAGCCGUUUAAAGUUUGUUGAGGGGUGCUUUAAGUUUCGCUUUUAAGCGGGUCUCGCUUCGAGUUCAAGCCGACUCGAGUAUAUUUUUUAGGUUCCUUCUCGGUGUUGUGUCACACACGUAUCGCGCGGGAUAUUUAUUACAAAAUAAAUUACUUAGACUUUUAAUUAACAUCCAUGUCAACCAGUGGCGUACCCAGUAACUCUGGAGACUUGUACGGGCAACUUUUAUUUGGUAUUUUUUUUUUGUAUACAUUUCAAAUCAUUAUACUUGGUAAACAUUCAUUUGUUUUCUAAUCCUUUAGGCGCCCUACUGCCAAUACUUGCUAUUGCAAAAUUUAUAUUUACCAAAAGUAUACUUAAAAAUCGAUACAUAUUUUAUUUGUCUUAAAAUCACACGUUCGGCCACGCCACUGGUGGUCACUGGUGAAAAUGGACAUCGAGAUCUACGAUGAAUUCGUUGCACGUUGUAAUGAAUAAAAAAAAGAAAAAAAAAAUAACGUUUUGUCAUCGCUUCGGCCAAUGAUUCGCGUCGAGCCGCCGAAGACGAAUCCAUUUUGCGAGUAAACCAGCGGGUUAAUUGCUCCGGUAGUUUUAAGGUUGGUGCGUUCCGGGGUCACGGCGAGACGGUUCGAUAUUAUCUCGAUCGAAACGCGAGCAUGUCCAGUGAAAUAAUCGACGGUGCGCGCGUUCAAUGCGAGUCCUGCGUGAACCCUACGCGUGUAAAUAUAGAGAUACUGAAAACGUAUGUCGAUCGAUCGUGCUCGAAAACUUAAGGAAAAGGAAAAUCCCACGAGAAUUUGUACAUUUUCUUUCGUUGUCAUUUCGACUGUGUAUUUAUUGAUGGGAGUAUACGUAAGGACGUUCGAAAAUGAAACAAACAUUAUUCAAAUCAAAACACACGUUAGCUUUCUCUUUUUUUUUCUUUCUUUGUAAGUUUCUAGGAAAACGAACGCCUGUAAUUUCGCUGUGAAUCGACGUUUCUUCGUUAACGCGCGUCCAUAGAGCAAUGACAUAGCUGAUCGAUUGAUUUAUUGAAAAGAGAAAGGGUACAUGGGGGUGUUCGGAUUCCACUGAUUUAUUUCCACUUUUUUUUCUACAAUGAAAUGGCUACAAAGCGAAGGAAUAACGUGACAAAGGUAUCGCAUGUACGUGAAAAUAAUGCGCAGGAGAUGUUCAGCGUCGACUGUAACGCGUAAUGUCCUCUGCGCAUCUACCUUGCGCAUGUGUUAGCAAUCCUUCGCGUGUCAGCUCAGUUUUAUUUAUCAGGAAAAAUUAGAAUUGUCAAUUAUCGUGAGCUGAGGGGCGAGAAUUACGGAACAACAGCACACGAAUGCCGAAAGUGAGUCCAAACAGAACGCUGUUUGGACUAUUUUUAAUUGUAAUUAUCUAUGAGAGUAAUAUAAUUAAAAAUAAAUGUUAGCAUUGUGUUGGUAAUAGGUAAAGGUACAAUGACUGGUCAGCUGAGUUUCUCGAAGGCUUUCGACGAUUUACAAAGACGUCGAUGCACGAAAAAUAAACAAGAAACGUUGAUUCGGCAAAUUAAUUAAUGUUCAUGCGUCGCGACGUGUCGGUGAAAUCUACAUAAAAACAAAAUGUACGAAGUAUGUAAACGAUAAAGAUCUAUUUAUUAAAGAGACGAAUACGUUUGAAACUUUAGAGUGACGUUUUUCUUGAUUCGAAUUAAGAGAAUUUAAGCUAUGGAGUAAUUAUUGUAGCGCACGUGUACAUGAUUAUGUUGUAUCCUUGUUUAAACUUUGCCUAUGAAUAAGAAUAUACGAUAUCAAAA